UUGUCCAAACCUCAGAAGGUGUUGAUCCCAGAGCGCUAUGUGGAUUCAGAGCCUGAGGAGCCUCUCAGUCCCCAGGAGGUGGAGGAGCGUCAUCGUAAGGUGGAGCGGAUCAAGACCAUCUUGGCAAAAUCCAGUGUGCAAAACCUAGGACCAGCGGUCUCUGUGGAUAAACCUGAGGUGGGGCUGGUGGCAUUGGACUCAGCUCUGCAGGAGCAGGAGAGGAUCAUCACCAUGUCCUACGCUCUCGCCUCAGAGGCUUCUCUCAAGAGCAAACUAGUGGCAGCUCAAGCAAUUUCUGGACACUGAGGUGCUAUCCCACAAUGACAACAACUGGAUUCUGCAAAAAAAGGAGGAUUUUGUUUGAUUUUGGACAUUUACACCUUUCCAUAUACAGCAGUAGAAGAACUGUAGUAAACAUUUACAAGACAAAACAUCUCUGUGAGGCUCAAGCAGCACUGACUCCUUCAAGUGUUUCUAGUUGCUGACGGCAACUUUCCUGAGGAAAACAGAAGACGUGGGAGCUGCUGUGCUUAUUAACUGAGUGUCUAACAAAUGAUAAUCUCAUAGUAAUAAAAAAAUGAUUUUCUACAUGUUAUUGCACUUUGAAUUGUACACUGUAUCAUGUUUUCAAGGUAUGGCUGACUUGCUUUUACUUGCAGUGUGAUCUCAACUCAGAACAUUUAUGAGGUUUUUGUUCGUUUAUUUGUUUUUUCAGGUACAAAAUGUUAUGAACAGGAGGUACUAAAUGUGUCAUGACGGUAGUAUUUUUAUCAGAUAAUAUUCUUACACCAAACCAUGUGAAAUAUCAUAUGUAUGUACCUGUAGCACUGCCAGUCUCCUUUUAGCUUGCCAAAAUGAAUUUUAUUUUUGCUUACAUCAGGAUGAAAAUAACCUUUAACAUAUUUUCUGUGUGACUGGGGAAGGUUGCACAAUGGAAAUUUAU